AUGACUUAUCUUACCUGUGAUCACUACAGUGAGACAUCAAGCAUCUCUUGUGAUGGAGGAAUCAAGACCCCAUUCACUUCGGACUUUGAGGAAGUGGACAUGAACGACGUACUGUCUCUUAUCGAUUCAGAGACUGAAGAUUCAACAGAAUCUUCCGCUUUACACAGCCGGCCAAUAACGCCCUCUCAUCAUGAUCUAUCACUGGCACAACAAGAGUGGGAAGACCUUUGUAUCACAUAUCGUCAAGGGAUCCAACACCUUCGAAAUAUCGAGGACGAGAUGUUCCGCUACCAGGUGCUUCAUCCCUGUCUAUGCAUCAAGUACCAAAACCCUAUGCUACACAUACAGCGCCGACAGCGAGGAAACAAUCAAAACACACACAAUAUUCAGCAAACCGUCGACGCCCUUGAUGGUAGUUUUGGCACUACUAUCUCCCCCAAUCUCAUCCCAGAGGGCCAUCACAUCAAGGUUGAGUUAGACAAUGCUGUAGAGGUAUCCGUCAUCACCCUUGAUACCCUGAGUGGAAAGAAGACGAUGAUAAGCUUGACAACAAAGUCAACAAUGACACAUGUUAAUCAGUUGCUUGGAUUCUGGGAAUAUGAGUUACCAAUGGAUAUGUAG